UAUCUUCAACAAGAAUCGGAGAAAAUCCAAAAGAGAGCCUUGGCGAUAGUAUUACCAGAAUGCACUUAUCAGGAAGCUCUGAAGAAAACGAAACUGGAAACCAUCAGCGAGCACCAUGAAAUCUUGUCAAUGAAUCUCUUUGAUCAAAUCUCCAAGGACAGAAGUUCAAAACUACAUUCUCUCUUACCAGAGUACAACACGAACACGAACUACAAUCUUCGAAAGAAAAGAACCUUUGAAAUACCGCUGGUGAAAACAAGGCGAAGCGAUUUGCGAACUCGUUUAUAA